GAUCCAGCUCAGCCCCGGGGUGUUUGCCGCAGCUCUUUCCGUAAGUCCAGCCAUCUGUUACCUGCUCUGCUUCCUGGGGAGAGAGAGUCCCCGUCGGGCCGGCCCGGAGACCCGGAGAGUGUGCUCCCGGGAGCCCCCGGCAAUGACUGCCUCCCAGGGAACCGGCACACACCGGAUGGCAACUGCGUGAGGAGGAGCGCCGGGGCUUCUUGCCCCCCAUCCCCUCGGGGCUGGAAGAGGACAAGCGGCAGUCCUGCCGGCGAGGGCUGGACAUGUCUGAGGCAUUGUCCUGCCCCGACAAUGAGACCCUUGCCCCACGCUGCAGGCUGGGGGCCUUGUACUGGGCCUGUGUCCGCAAUGAUCCUGCCCAGCUCCAAGCCGCGUUGGACGGUGGGGUCUCCCCAGAGGAGGCCAUCCAGGUGGAUGGCAAUGGGAGGACAGGUCUCAUGGUCGCUUGCUACCGUGGUUUCGAGAACAUUGUGGCCCUGCUCAGCCGCUGCCCAUUCCUAGAUGUGAACCAGCAGGAUAAAGAAGGGGACACAGCCCUCAUGCUGGCUGCCCAAGCAGGCCAUGUGCCUCUGGUGAGUCUCCUGCUCAACUACUACCCAGGCCUGGACCUGGAGCGCCGGGACCAGCGGGGGCUAACGGCGCUGAUGAAGGCCGCCAUUCGGAACCGUUCGGAAUGCGUGGCUGCCCUCCUCAUGGCAGGUGCUGACCUGACAGCGGUGGACCCUAUUCGGGGCAAGACAGCCCUAGAGUGGGCACUGCUGACCGACAGCUUCGACACUGUGCAAAGGAUCCGGAAGCUGCUGCGGCGCCCCCAAGUAGAGCAGCUCAGCCAGCAUUACCAGCCCGAGUGGUCGGCCUUGCCGGGGCUCGUGGCCCAGGCCCAGGCCCAGGCUGCCCCGUCUCUCCUGGAGCGACUGCAUGCCACCUUGAGACUCCCCUUUGCCCAGUUUCCUCAGGAGGGGGGUGUCCUGGACCACCUCGUGACCAUCACAACCAGCCUGGCCAGUCCCUUCCUCGCCACGGCCUGCCACACCCUAUGCCCUGACCACGCACCGGCCCUGGGCACCCGAAGCAAGUCUGUGCCAGAGCUGUUAGGCACUGCCCCACCCCCUCCCCCAGAACCCCAGCCCCCACAGGUGGUCCCUGCGCCCCGAGUCCUCAUCCCCUACCAGAGCCCUCCAGGCGUGCUGGGUGUGUGCUCUCAGUGGUUGCAGCCCAGGGACAGUAGCAGCCCCAGGCCCCAAGCCCCCAAGAUCCACCUCUCCAAGGCACCCUCAUCGCCCAGACAGUACAAGCUGGAGUUUAGGCCUAGAGAGAAUCGAAAGCUGGCCCUUCCUCUUUGGAGAUACCAGGAGCUUCGGAUGGAGAGGAAGAAGCAGGAGGAGGAGGCCAGGAGCGCACAAAGUCAGGGGAAGAUGGGCUAGGCCAGGCUGGGAGUAGGGGAUCAGGUGCCUCCCUCAGGCUCCUUUGCUUUCUAGAGCCCCUUGGGCUCUCCCAUGCAGCUCUGCACAA